CCAAAACCCACUAAAGCUUCUCUCCAAAACUUACAUGAUGAAGCAAUGGUGGAAACGAUCUGAUUUUCCAAAGCUCCAAUCGGUGUAGCUCCAAGUUCCAAGCUCAUCCAAAGUUCAUCUCCAAGCUCAUCUCAAAACUCUCCAAGCAGACCUCAUGCUUCUCUUCAAGCAGAUUUUUCCAAAGUAAAGGACUACAGAUCGGAAGAUUUGCUUGUCAAUCUAUCCAAAAAUCGAGAAUACUUUUGAAAGAAAGAAACAAGAAUUAUUAGCUUCUCAAAGUGCAUCAGUUGCGGAAGGAGAAACUAAUUUAGCUGGUCAACCUUCUCAAUUAACAAAAAUGGAUAUCUUGGUGCAAUCUGUUAGAGGAAAGAAAAAAGGAAGAGUUAAAGGUCUUGGAUCCCUGGGUCGAUCUGUAAAGUCAUCGUCUAAACAAUCAACAUCAACUUUAUCGCGAGAAAUUGAUGAGAUGAUUAAAGCUCAGGUAAAUGCUUCCAAUGCUGACUUAUAUGCUCAACUGCAGAAAGAGCGUCACAAAAAUAAGAGCAUGAGGAGGGAAUUGGAUUUAUUGAAGAAGCAUGUAUACAACGCAUCAUCUUCAAAUGAACAAUCAUCUCAAGAAGACAAUCAAGCUUAUGAGAAUGAAAGUGGUGAUGACUCUGAUAGUGUGAAUGAUAGUGGUUCUGCCCAUGAUAACGUGAAUGACAGUGGUUCUGCCCAUUAUAACGCUUCAUCUUCAAAUGGGGAUUGAGAUAGUUGACGGUACUCUUUAGGAUUCAAAUUUGAGUUGUAUUUUGUUUUUGUAUGUUUAAGAAUCAUAUACUAUUGAUCUUGC